AUGGAGAUGGAAACGGAGGAGACAUCAAAUUUGACCAUAGAGAAAAAUAACCAUAUGGAUGAAUUAGAGGUGGUGUACACAUGGGAAAUGGAUUUCAAUCGCAGCCUGUUGAGUGCAGCCACAAUACUUGUACCCCGAGCCACCACAGUACCAUCAACGACGAACGGAAUGCCUCCCUGGGCCCAUAAUUCUUGGAUCUGCUUAUUUGCUGCCAUGCUUGCUGUAGCCAUAGGCGGGAAUGCUAUCGUUAUAUGGAUAGUAACAGCUCACCGAAGGAUGCGAACAGUGACCAAUUACUUCCUGGUGAACCUGUCUUUCGCAGAUCUGAUGAUGUCCUUGCUCAACUGUCUCUUCAACUUUAUCUAUAUGCUUCACAGUGACUGGGUAUUCGGCGUGCGCUAUUGCAAGCUCAGCAAUUUCAUAGCGAACGUCACAGUCGCAGCAAGUGUGUUUACUCUGACAGGCAUUUCCUUCGACAGGUACCAAGCAAUUGUACGACCAAUGAGACCUAGAAUGUCAAAAAGCUGCUCCCUCAUCAUGAUUGCUGGAAUUUGGGUUAGCGGAAUGUUAUUGGCAAUACCCUGUUUGCUAUAUUCUACUACAAAGGAAUACAGGUCCAAGGGAACGCUGAGAACAGCGUGUCUUCUCUCAUGGCCAGAUGGAUUACCCGAUGUAUCAUAUAUGGAUUUUAUGUAUCAAGUGUUGUUUUUUAUAGUAACAUACGCUGUUCCAAUGAUGGGUAUGACAUUUUUCUAUUCAGCGAUGGGCAGAGUACUUUGGGGAUCACGGUCUAUAGGGGAACUGACUCAAAGACAAUUGGAUUCCAUUCGUUCGAAACGAAAGGUUGUGAAGAUGUUCAUCUUAGUCAUAGUGAUUUUCGGCCUAUGCUGGUUACCGUAUCACAGUUACUUUAUUUUCACACACUUCUACCCAUCUGUGUUAUACAUGAAGUAUAUACAACAUGUAUAUCUUGGUUUCUAUUGGCUGGCAAUGGCGAAUGCGAUGGUCAACCCGAUAAUUUACUAUUGGAUGAACGCUAAAUUCCGGGCGUACUUUCGGACGGCGAUCCUUUGUAGAUGGCGUGACAGUUGCUUCCGACGAAAACGAACAUUGCCAGAUUCACCGCCAGACUGCAUGUCCCAGUCUGGCAGCAGAUCCCGAUCAGGUUUUUACUCGUUAACGUAUCGAGGUACACAAAGAAUCAAGAGGAAAUGCAGUGGUCGUUUGGCCGCUCUCGUGUCGGGAGGGACCGCGCCAGUUGCCGAGACAGCCUUCGCUUGCUAG